AUGUUACGUCUUGCCGUUCGGUCUUCCAGAAAUUUCCUAACUCAAAUUCAACGAUCUUAUUCAGCAGCUAAUCCUCAAGAACUAGCAUUAAAGAGCAGCAAUGGAUCUCGAAUAACAAGUAAGAGUUUUGUUUAGUUUUUUCAAUUUUAGGUAAUAUUUUAAUUUCGACAUGUUAUGUUGUCAAGGUUAUAACGCUAUUUAGGGUGUUUUAAGAAGAUAGUUUUUUGAUGACUUUUGAUUAAUUUUUAGGCACAGAAUUUUUGCAAAAAGUAAAGGAACAAACUGAAGGAGCCAAUGAGGUUUCAAUCGAAGAGUUUCAGCCUCCAAGAUCAGCGUUUGAUGUUUUGGCAGCUGAAUACGAUGCUUUGAGGGAAGAAUGUGAUGAUGUUACUGAUAAAUAUAAACGAGCUUUGGCUGAAACUGAAAAUGUGAGAAGAAGAGGUCAAAAACAAGUAGAUGAUGCCAAAGUGUUUGCUAUUCAGUCGUUUUGUAAAGAUUUGCUGGAAGUCGCUGAUGUGUUGAAUUUGGCGUUGGAAUCAGUGAAGUCAGAGGAUUUGGAGAAGGAUUCUAAUUUGAAAAACUUGUAUGAUGGUGUUAACAUGACCAGCACAGUUUUACAAAAGACAUUUGCUCGACAUGGUUUGAAGAAAGUGUCACCCGAAGGAGAAAAGUUUGAUCCUAACUUACAUGACGCCGUUUUCCAAGUACCAAAAGAAGCCGUAAGUUGAAAUACAUUGUUUACUUAAUUUUUAUGUUUUAAUGUUAACUUAUGAUUUUAAAGGCUUGGAAGUUAUUUUGUAAAUAUUUAAAAUUGAAAGGUGUUUUCAAAAGCUUGGAAUUAGUUAAUCAUUUUGAUCUUUCAGACAAAGCACGCUCCAGGUCAUGUAGCGGAAGUGAUGAAGAUUGGAUACUACCUUCACGAUCGUCCAAUCAGGGCUGCUCAGGUUGGUGUUGUCAAGCAUUAG